UGACACGCAUUUGUGUGUGACCCCGAGUGUCCCAUAUUCCACAAUAAGAAAAUUCUCUCGCAACUAAACAUCCCUACUAUAAUAAUUCUUCGGCUAUUUUGCAUCGCGUCGAUCUUGACAAUAAUUUCUCUCUCUCGUGAGUAACUUGCCGAAAGCCGAGCGACGAGGUUCGUCGUAGAACAUCUUUAUAACUGGCGUCGUCUGCUGAGCUCGAAGAGAGAGAAACCUUUUUUUAACACAAAAACAAUCGUUCGAUUCCGGGUCGCGUGAGAAACACCCGCAUUAAACGCGCCCCUGUAUAACACAUACGUUUCCUCCGUGUUCAUAAUCGUAAAAAUAAAAAUAAAAACAUUUAAAAAAUCAAAUGUUCUGCAUGUAAAAAUAGAAACCAACAUAAAAAGCCCAGGGCUUCCACCGUACCGGAGGUCGCUCAUAUAAUACCUCCGAGUGUUGAUUCGUGCGACGUGUAUAUUUUAGCGCCUUUUCUGUUUGCUAUUAUUAUCAUCAUCAGUUUGAAAAAAAACUCUCUCUGAACGGCAAUGUCGCAUGCUAGAUUACGAGGCGCCGCUAUGGUAGGCGGAAUUUCACGUGCCUGGGAGCACGGUGGCAGGCCUUACGCCGUUGGCACAGCGGGGGUAAUAAGCAAUGCAGCUGGUUGUUCGCGGGGACUCGAGAACGCUGGAGCCAACUCCACGGCCCUAGUUCAACCGUUGACCGGCGUAUGUAACGUUUCCAAACGCACAAUGUCCUCAUCCGCGUUGCCUGACAGAACUUUGACAGAGGACAAUGUUUAUUCGAAUUUACGACGCAUGGAAUAUGCCGUACGAGGCCCACUUCUUUUGCGAGCCCUUGAGAUCGAAAAAGAACUUCAAAAGGGAGUUCAAAAACCAUUCAAGGAGGUGAUCAAAGCGAAUAUUGGCGAUGCCCAUGCGAUGGGUCAGAAGCCAAUUACCUUUCUCCGACAAAUACUAGCGCUUACAGUCUCUCCUGAACUCAUGGACGAUCCUCGCUAUCCGGAUGAUGUAAAAAAACUUGCUCAAAUGGUAUUGGGUGGUUGCAAAGGUUGCAGCGUAGGUUCCUAUUCGGAGUCGACGGGUAUCGAAGUCAUUCGCAAGCAUGUAGCCAAUUAUAUUUAUAAGCGGGACGGUAUCCCCAGUGAUCAUAACAAUAUCAUUCUUUCCAACGGAGCCUCUGAUGGGAUCAAGUCAUUUCUCAAACUCUUCAACGAACAUUUAAAUGGGAAACCUUCCGGUGUGAUGAUCCCCAUACCGCAAUAUCCUCUUUAUUCCGCUGCGCUUGCUGAGUUUGGUCUCUCGCAAGUUGGCUAUUAUCUCAACGAGGACAACAAAUGGGCUCUUGACAUCAGUGAAUUGAAACGUGCCUACAAAGAGUCCUUGAAGACCUGCAACCCGCGUGUACUUGUUGUUAUCAACCCUGGCAAUCCAACUGGUCAAGUGCUAACGAGAAAGAACAUUGAGGACAUUAUCAAAUUCGCUCAUGAAAAUCGCCUCUAUCUACUCGCCGACGAAGUCUAUCAGGAUAACGUUUACGACAAAGACAGCGCUUUUCACUCGUUUAAAAAAGUUAUGACAGAAAUGGGCGCACCUUACGCUAAUAUGGAACUUGCUUCGUACAUGUCCGUGUCAAAAGGGUACAUGGGCGAGUGUGGACUCCGCGGUGGUUACGGCGAGUACGUGAACAUGGAUCCCAAAGUGAUGGCGAUACUCUCAAAAUCCAUAUCGGCAAUGUUGUGCCCAACUGUUUUGGGACAGGUAGCAAUGGCAGCCGUCGUAAGUCCACCACAACCAGGUGAUGCUUCUUACGAUUUAUUCAUUAAAGAAAAAACCCAGGUAUUGGAAUCGUUGGCCGAACGAUCUCGUCUCGUUGUCGAUACUCUCAACAGUAUUCCGGGCUUCAAGUGUAACCCAUCGAUGGGUGCGAUGUACGUAUUUCCACGCCUGGAUCUUCCGGAAAAAGCGAUAAAAGCUGCGAAAGCUGAAGGAAAGGAACCGGACGUUUUUUACGCGUUUAAGCUUCUCGAAGCAACGGGAAUCUGCGUUAUCGCUGGUUCUGGUUUCGGUCAAAAGCCUGGAACUUAUCACUUCCGUACGACGAUUUUACCUCAGAAGGAAAAAAUCGUAACGAUGCUCAAUAGCCUGAAGCAAUUUCACGAAAAGUUCCUCAAAGAGUACAGUUAAGUGAAUGUUAAACAUUCACCAUUGCAAAACGAAGAUAGCUGCGAUUUUUGACACUAUUUUUGUUCUUUCUAUUUCCUGAGGUACGUCGAAUUUUUUGUUCAAACGGAUUAUCACGUAACUUCGUUAAAAAUGCUCGCUAGAUUUCUUACUGGCCGUCAAAUUUUCUCAAUCUUUCAUAAUCACCGCAAUGAGAAUUAAUCUUUGAAAAAGAUUCGUUGUUUUUUUUUUUAUAAACUUUUUUUUCGUAAAGCAGAGCGUUGAUCGUUCGAGCUCAUUUUUUUUAGUAGUUUUUUUCGCGCCAUAAUUUGUAAAUAGCGUGAAACAUAGAAAACAUCACUUUCACACGUAACGAAUUGUGAACACUUAAAUUGUUACUCAUUUUACAAUAAAUAUAACUAUUAAGGA